UCCGUCUGCACGCUAUAUAAAGCCUCGCUCGGGACUCGGGCUCUUCAUUCGUCUGUGAUCAUUACAGAAGCAAGUCAUGUCUGGAAGAGGCAAAGGCGGAAAGGGUCUCGGGAAAGGUGGCGCUAAACGUCACAGGAAGGUUCUCCGUGAUAACAUCCAGGGUAUUACCAAGCCUGCAAUUCGCCGUUUGGCUCGCAGAGGAGGUGUCAAGCGAAUCUCCAGUCUCAUCUAUGAGGAAACCCGCGGAGUGCUCAAGGUCUUCUUGGAGAAUGUCAUCCGCGACGCUGUCACGUACACCGAGCAUGCCAAGAGGAAGACUGUGACCGCCAUGGAUGUAGUCUACGCUCUUAAGCGCCAGGGCCGCACUCUUUAUGGCUUCGGAGGUUAAAAUUAAGCUGCACCCGGUU